GUCGAGUGGCUAGACCACCAUCUAUCGGAGACUACCAAAUACCUUAAACCGUUCCAAAAGAAUAAGGAGCGAGCGCAAAGCAACCAAUCGGGGUAUACUAUCUGGUGAAAAAGAUAUUGGAUAUUGAACUACUUAUUUCUUUGGCCCAAAUUCAGUGGCUUGCGUUGGUUGGAAUUAUUCUCAUCAGUCCCUUUUAUGGCUCAGAACCUUCAAAGUCUUCUUCGCCUUGCUAUUGAAAAUUCUGAAGAUGCUACCCCAAAACCCAUGGAUCCAAAGGACGCCGAAUGGUUGAAGGAAGCACUAACUGCAUCAACUGUCGACUUGAGUAAGCAACUCACUAAAGAUGUACAGAUUUUAUCAUCGUAUUUGUCAUCCGCGGAGCCUGAUUUGAAUGAAAUGAAGAAAAUCAUUGAAGAUUUGUUAACUUUAACUGACGAUUUAGAUCUGUCAAACGAUUUCUUGAUUGUUGGAGGUCAAGAUGUACUAAACAGGCUAUUAUUUGGUGGCCCACCUUCAUUAAGAAUAGAUGGAUUGAAAUUGCUGGCAAAUAUUACUCAAAACAAUCCUCAAGCUCAGAAAUUGUACACUGAUAACGGUGUAUUGGCGCGACUAAUUUUGAUGUUCGAGGAAGAAACAGGUCUAGAGUUUUCGAGACAUUUGUUGCUGGCCAUAUCAUGUAUCACACAAACUUAUGCUCCAGGAAUUAGUGUAUUUACAGAGUCAAAAGGUGUUGAUCUAGUUCUCGAUGCACUUAUCAGAGAAGUGAAAAAAACGAAAUCAGACGAAGUAAAUCGCCUAGUUGCUAAAGGUGCAUUCCUAGUCUACUGUGUUAUGCAGGAACCGGCUUCAAAACCGUUGCAAUCUGAACUACCGUCCACUGUACACAAACUGAUAGAUCUCUUGUAUCUCCUAGAAGCUCCACAAGAACACCUACUGGCUACCUUAACCUUUCUUCUCUGUCCAUCAGAUGGUGACUCAAGUUGUGCCACAAAAAUAUUGUCCGAAAAGCCAUACGAAUCAUUUCGUAAUUGGCUACAAAGACACUUUGAUGAGCUUCGCAACAAAAACGACCCAGCUGAUGAAGAACGUCUCAACUACAUAAAUUGUUUGCUAAAGGUUUUAUCUUGAACAAAGCAUUUUUUGUAUUGUCAGUAUUUCGUAAUAAUAUAAUUAUGGCGAAAUCAU